GCCGAGCCGUGCCGAGCCGAGCCGUGCCGUGCCGUGCCGCCGGGCAUGGCGCCGCUGGUGCUGUACCACUGGACGCAGUCCUUCUCCUCGCAGAAGGUGCGCUUGGCAAUCGCCGAAAAAGCCCUGGAGUGUGAAGAGCACGAUGUCAACCUGCCGCUGAGCGAGCACAACGAACCGUGGUUCAUGCGCCUGAAUUCCUCGGGAGAAGUACCUGUCCUGAUCCAUGGGGAAAACAUCAUUUGUGAGGCAACGCAGAUUAUCGAUUACCUUGAAGCAACGUUUGUAGAUGAGGAAGUACCAAGAUUAAUGCCAGAAGAAGGAAGCAUGUAUUACCCAAGGGUGCAACACUAUAGAGAGCUUUUAGACUCCUUGCCCAUGGAUGCCUACACACAUGGCUGCAUCCUGCACCCCGAGCUAACGGUGGACUCCAUGAUUCCAGCCUAUGCUACCAGCAGAAUUCGUAGCCAAAUAAGUAACACAGAAUCAGAGUUGAAGAAACUUGCAGAAGAGAAUCCAGACCUUCAAGAUGCCUAUAUAGCAAAACAGAAGCGCCUUAAAUCUAAACUGCUGGAUCAUGAUAAUAUAAAAUAUCUAAAGAAAAUACUGGAUGAACUGGAAAAAGUUUUGGAUCAGGUUGAGACCGAAUUGCAGCGGCGAAAUGAAGAAACACCAGAAGAUGAAAAUCAGCCUUGGCUCUGUGGGGAUUUCUUCAGUCUGGCAGAUGUAUCACUUGCUGUCACUUUACAUCGCCUGAAGUUUCUGGGAUUAGCAAGAAGAAACUGGGGAAACGGAAAGCGGCCCAACUUGGAAGCCUACUAUGAGCGUGUCCUAAAGAGGAAAGCAUUUUACAAAGUUUUAGGACAUGUCAACAAUAUAUUAAUCUCUGCUGUUCUGCCAACAGCUUUCCGUGUGGCCAAGAAAAGGGCACCCAGGGUCCUUGGCACCACCCUGGUGGUCAGCAUGCUGGCAGGAAUGGGUUAUCUUGCUUUCAUGUGUCUUCGGAAGAGGUUUGGCAACAUCAUGUUGUCAUUUAGAACCAGGCAAAAUUAUAGUUAAACCCUUCUGUCCCUGUUGGUGAUCAGAAGGCAUCUCUACCCACCAGGAGUAUGUCCCAAAUGAACUAUAAACGUAGAAGAAAGGUUAUGUUUGUAAAUUAGAACGUUGUCACACAGGAAUUGUCUCCUGCUGUUGUAUAAUUGUAUUGGCAAGGCCAAGAUAUUUGUGAAAAAUAUAUACUGGGGGGGCAACAAAGGAAAAAAGAGACUUUCUUUUCAGAUGAGGACUUAGAAGAGCUAUGACAAUGCUUUUGUGAAGUGGUUAUUGUCUCCGUUACCCAGUAGCUGAACUAAUUACAAUUCUUUUAUUUAAUAGAUACGCAACAGUGUAACAGCUUUUCACUGUGGGUGAAAUGCAUUUCUGUGCAGAAACUAACAUUGUUGAAAUAAAAAUAGCACUUACUUUAAAAGCUCGAAGUAGGAUUUAUGUGGAACGUAGGCUCUGUACCUGUCAUGUAGAAGAGUGAGUUUCUCUCUAUUGAUUAAUGUAUAUUGACUUGUAGUUGGACCUUUAGGAAUGUGUUAAAAAGUAGUUUUGUGGAGCCACUUUUGUCAUGAUGUGUUCAUGCAGUAGUACAGGAAGAGACCUGAAAUACUUAUGAACAUCUGUGAUUUGUGGGCCAUGCAAGUGAAAUCUGCAGAGGCAUCAGCGAUCAACAGAUGCUAAACUUCAGCUGAAAUACAAAUGGGAGUGAAAAACCUGACACUUGUCUUUUGCAAGCAUUUUGUGUAGCAUUUGGCCAGCCAGGUACCCAGCUCAGCUGCAAGCCCUGUCUGAGUCAAACCUACAUUAUCUUGAUGCAUAUUUCCUGGUUUUGUUGGGGUAGCUGGAUACAGUCGUUUCCACAUUAGUGUCCCAUGUACCCUUUUUUGUUUCCACUCUGAGCACUAGUAAUAUUUUUCACACUACUUGGUUAUGGUAGCAAAUGUGUGUGCUUCAAUGAAAUGUUUGCCCACAACAUGCCACAGCCAACUAGAAAACAUAUGCACAACAAUGCGUUUUGUAAAAGUUAUUUAAAAUAGUUCAUUAUUUUUCAGUCUGGUUAGGUAUCCUAGAUAGAAGGUGAAACUAAUUUAGCAAUCUGCGCACUUAUGGAGAGGUGUCAUAUUCAUGGUAAGUGAAAAAUACAGGUCAGUUUGGGGACAGAUGAUUUGUACUGCAGAUUAUGUGCACUCUUGUAUCAUGUAGGAAAGGAGUAGAAAAACACUUUGAUUACUUCUCACUACUCAGCAGAUGCUGAGAGUUUAACUAGGUUUGAACUGAGCUCCUGUUAAAAUGAGAAAUGCACAUUUACCUGAAAGCAGAUUCUGAAUGAUUUUGCAGCAAGAAAGCAGUUGGGAAGCACUGAAAAUUCUUGUGACAGUUUAAUGAGAUUUUUCUAUUCUUGAUGAAUAUCUGAGCUCCUCAGAGUUCCAUUUAGAAGCUGUAGAUAACUGCAACAAGCAAAAUGUGGCUUUAAAUGUUUGCCUAUCAACAACCAGCACUAGCAGGCCUAAGUGCAUUUUAGAUCAGUGCUGGUGGCUGUGGUCUCUCUGUGCAAUUGCUUUUGAGUGUCCAGAAGAUCUGCCCUCAAGUUUACUGGAGAGAAAUGAGGCAGUUUCUUUUUGGGUAGUCUCACCAUCUAACAGAUACUAAAAUGGAUAAAAUUGUUGAAUACUCCUGUUUAUAACUUAAACUUGUGUUAGUUGUCUAGUAAAAGAAGACCUAAUCCCAUCUAACCUAGGAAACAAUGCUUUUUAAAAGUUAUUUGUCAAAAAGACAGUUUUAUAUAAUUCUAUUUCAUGACCCAGUUGUUCUCAAGAACUUGUUGAAUUGAAUGUCCUUUUGUUUAGAAAUGCUGUAUUAUCUUUAGAGUAAGUUUAAUCCAACAAUACUAUUAAUGUGCUGUCAUCUUUAACUGAGUUUGUUGUUUAUAUAUUUCAGUUCAUCUGCAUUUGUAACCAAGAAGUUCCACUAGGUAUAUAAACACAGAGUAAGGCCUGUAACUUAAUGCUUCCCUGGCAUGUAGUUCUGUCAGGCCAUCUCUACAAUAUAAUUUGACCAAGUCAUGGUAAAAUGCAAUACAUAUGACUUAGCUUUCUUUAAAAUUAAUUUAUAUUUUACUUUUUCCUUCCUCUUUUUUUUAAUCUGUUAGUUCUAUGUAAGAGCAAUUACAUUCCCAGAGAUGUGCCAGUUUAAUUCACACUAGCAGCCCUGUGGGUAAAGGCUAAUUAUUGAUGAAGCAGUUUUACUUCCCCCAAACCUCAGUGUUCUCUGCACUUCAGCUGGCAGUCAUUGCCUGCCAGGAGCUGCAGGUAGUGUUGGGAAGGACUGACAUGACCGCCAGGUGUCAGUGGUCCUCCAGGGCUGAACUUUGGCAUGCCUGGAGGUGGGGAGGAAAACAUUAGUUUUCACUAAUAAAAUAUUAGUGAUCUCAGUAUAAGAUGGAUGUGAGCAUCCUCCUCAGACUAACAGUUUCUCAAGAGCUCUCAGAAAAACUGCUUUGGUCUACUACAGGUUGGUUCUCUGAUACCUGUCAUUUAUGCUUGUGUGUAGUUUCUACACUAGAUAAAUAUGAGGGCAAAAUUGAAAUAAUAUUUCACAUUAAAAUGACUGUCACUGAACAGCAGUUAAACUUGUCAUCUGUAGGAACGAGCACGAAUAAAACUUGUACUGUGGAAAACUUGGAUCCCUAGUUUAAUUCGUCUGUUAGUUCAACUGUUUGACAGUCUUGUUUUCAUUGCCCUGAAGUACUCUGUGCAACAUUGAUUUCUAUAUGGGUGGCAGCAAAAGGCUUAUCCAUAGUUAAAUUCCUCCAAAUAGGAUGAGAUUUCAAAGCACACGUGCUGUAUAUGGCUCUUUCCCCAGGAUAGCUUUUGUGUGGUGCUCUUAAAGUUUCUUUUCAGCCUGGCUUAUUUUUUUUGCUCUGGUACCUCUGGACACUAUUUAAAUUGGAAACACAAGCAAUUUAUUGGUUUUCAUUUACUAUUUGCUCUUUUAUCACGCAUCAGAUAUAUUUCAUAUUGUAUCUUUGUAAGUGGGACCUGCACAAUAAACUGAUUCUAAGACCA